GUGAUGACGUAUGAGGUAGGUCACGUUCCCGAAAGUCAGCUGCUGGCUCAGCCAACCAAUCAGCAGAAGCGUUUAUGACGCUUCCUCCUCUCAGGAGGCACACAGUUUGUUUUUCAGAGCCGUGAAGACAACAUGGACUUCCUCAGUGACCGAAAUGUGCAAAAGUACUUUGAGGACGGCUACGUGGUUCUGGACGGGUUCCUGACGCCCGGCGAGUGCGACGAGCUGCGUCAGAGGAUGUCGGAGAUCGUGGACGUGAUGGAUGUGCCGGCGCACUGCCGCACCACCUUCUCCACCUACCAGCAGGAGCAGCUCAGAGAGCAGGGAAACGCCGACUAUUUCAUCACCAGUGGAGAUAAGAUCCGUUUUUUCUUCGAGAAGGGAGUUUUUGACGACAAAGGAGAGUUUGCGGUGCCCAAGCAUCGAUCGCUCAAUAAAGUGGGGCAUGCGCUGCAUGCUCAUGAACCUUUGUACGAAACAGUUACGCAUUCGGACAAAGUUCAGGGAAUCGCCAGGAAGCUUGGCCUGGUUCAUCCUGUCAUUCUGCAGAGCAUGUACAUCUUCAAGCAACCCAGGAUUGGUGGAGAAGUGAUGCCACACCAGGAUGCCACCUUCUUGUACACGGAGCCCCUGGGAAGGGUGACGGGCCUGUGGGUGGCCCUGGAAGACGCCACCGUCAACAACGGCUGCCUGUGGUUCCUGCCGGCCUCGCACAACAGCGCCGUGACUCGACGGAUGGUGAGGACGCCGCCGGGCACCUUCCCCCUGACGGACUUCAUCGGCACGGAGCGGGACUACGACGCGGACAAGUUUGUCCCGGUAGAAGUUAAAAAAGGUGGCGUGGUGCUGAUCCACGGCCAAGUGGUGCACCGCAGCGCCGAGAACGUAUCCGAGGACUCGCGCCACGUCUUCACCUUCCAUCUCAUGGAGGCCCACCAAACCCGCUGGAGUCCAGACAACUGGCUGCAGCCCACCGAAGAACUUCCUUUCCCACCCCUCUACACCAAAUGAGGUCGUGGGAUGACGGUUUGUUCCCAAUUAUUCUUCAAAGCAUUCAUACAAAUGAUUAGGCAAGGAAAAAAGAUGAACGAGAAACACAGCUGAUAUUUGCGCAUGUACUUUAAUGAUCGUGACAGGACGGUUGUACAAAUAAUUUCAUUUCGAUACUUUCACACAAAUGGAAAUAAAUUCAAAGCAAAAUGACACGAUGAAAUAAAAAUGCAGGGAGAUCUCGCGUUUGGAGGAAACAUUCAAUCGUGAUUAUUUAACGGAGAAAACACUCCUUAAAGUGCUUUCAGAAAAUAGUUCAUUGAAAACUAAACAUGAAAUGUGCCAAAAGUGGAUUAUGAGGAAACAUCACAUAGUGAUCAACUAGGGCUAAGAUUUUUUUUCUUUUUCAAAUAUUUCUUUUCUUUCACAUGCAAGAUUAAAAAUAUAGGGAAAGGCUCAUAUCUUAGCAUUAAACUUAGCUUAAACAUUCAGUCGUGAUCAUUUAGGGUGGAAUGGGGGAAUUUUAAAUCAUAAUAAAUACCGAACAGGGUCCCACGAAAGCUGAAAAAA